AUGCUUCUUCUGUUCACUUGUGGGCUAUCUCACCUGAAUACUGCUGCUACAUAUAUCAAUGUGGCUAUGAUGGAAGGAGACGAGUCAGAUGAGACACGAGAUGAGCCGGACUAUGAUGGUGAUGGUGAUGAUUAUCGUGAAAAAGACGAUAAGAGAGAGUCACGAGAUGAUGAGUCAGGAAAGUCACGGGAUGAUGAGUUAGGAGAGUCACGGGAUGAUGAGUCACGAGAGGACUUUGAUGAUAUUCGGGAGGAGGGCCAGACAAAAGGAAACACCAAACGCAAUGAAGUUUGGUGGGAUUACGAAUGUGCCGGGGUGCCAAAAGUAUUAGACCGAUACUUAAGCACAUUACCUUAUGAAAAGACGGCAUACGAGGUCUAUGACAGAUUUGUAAGAAAGCUCAAAGACAAGGGCUUCACAGGAGAAACGAGAAUCAGAAUAGUGGUGGGUUAUUCAGGUACCCCGGUGAAGCCGUAUUUGAAGAACAACAACCAGUGUUUUGAUUAUUAUCAUGCAACGGAUGAAAAGAGACUAGAACAAAAAGAAGAAAGAUAUCACGAUGAUAACAUCAUGAUUGUCACCGGAGAUGGCGACUUUGGAGAUAUUUUGAGAGAUUUGAGGAAUGAGGGGAUUACUACGAUGGUUGCAUAUCGCAGAGAUCCGAACGUUACAAGCCAACAUGAUGUUACCAAAUGUGUGGAGUAUUCAUGGGAGUGGUUAGAGUUUCUUGAGUUGGCAUAUUGUACUAAAUUUGUUCAGGCAUGA